CUUAAUUUCUUCACAAUGAUAAGCAGAGGAAGCAAAAUCUUCAGUACAUUUUCUAAAAGUUUCUUGUCAUAUUCGAUCUUCUUCAUCUUUUGCAUACAUUUGUUGUGUUUAUCUCAAUUAUAUUGCAGUGCUAGACAUAUUUUGAAGGAAGACGAAUUGAUUACCGACAAGGAUAAUGGAUCAACUCUUGUGUUGGUUGGAGGAGACUUUGAGUUUGGGUUCUUUACCCCUAAUGGAAGCUCUAGCCCCAACAGGUUCGUCGGAAUAUGGUAUCGAUUGGAUCCAAAAGCUGUUGUAUGGGUUGCCAACCGAGAGUCUCCAAUACCUACCGGUGUCAUUGGAGUCAUUAGAAUUGCAGAAGAUGGCAACCUCAAGGUAUUGGAUACAGCUACAAAGAAUGUAUAUUGGUCUACAGAUCAACUUGAAAUACCCCCGUCUAGAAAUCGGUCUGUGAAGCUCAUGGAUUCUGGAAACCUGGUCUUUAGCGACGAUCAGUUAAAAGUUCUGUGGGAAAGCUUUAAACAUCCAACCGAUACAUUUCUUCCAGGUAUGAAGAUGGAUGAAAGCCUUACAUUGACUUCAUGGGCUGGCGUUGGUGACCCUGGAAUGGGAAUUUACACGUUCAAACGAACUCCAGAUCAAGAAGAAGAAGAUCAAGUCGACUACAUGAUUAUCAAAAAACCACAAGUCCGUCACUGGAUCAAAAGUUGGAGAUCGCACUCGGAAGAAAAGCUUGAUCAUGUCAUUGCAGACUUACUAUCAAAUUUCAGCAUGCGGAAUGUCAGCAAGAGCAGCAAAACUUCUAGUAGUAGGGACUUGUACAUGGGAUUGCCCGCUUUGGCUCGUAAUAAUGGUUUAAGAAGGUUGGUGAUGGAUUACACUGGAAAGUUACAGUUCUUGUGGUUUAUUGGUGAUCAACAUAAGUGGUUUUCGAUAUGGUCGGAGCCAAGAGAUGAGUGUAGCAUUCAUAAUGCUUGCGGGAAAUCUGGCGCCGUCUGCAACAUUAACAACAAAAUACGUCGAUGCAAAUGCUUGCCAGGGUUCAAGCCUCAUAAUCCCGAGAGAUGGGAUUCGGGAGUGUUUUCUGGCGGGUGCUCCAGAAUUUCGGAUCUAUAUUGUGGCGAGAAGGAGAGAACCGCGUUCUUGGGCUUAAAGAUGAUAAAGGUGAGCGACGAAAGCAGACCUUUCGCUGUAGAAAAUGAAACAGAAUGCAGUAAGGCGUGCCUUGACAACUGUGAUGAGUGCCAGGCCUAUUCGUAUCAGGAACUUGGAAACAGCAUGCGAAGAGGUCAAAAUGGUACGAGAAACAACUGCUUGAUUUGGAUUGACGAUCUAACAGGUCUUCAAGAGGAGUACGCGGAAGGUCGUAACCUUUCUGUUCGCGUGGCAAAAAAAUCUGAUAUAGAAUCAACCGCAAGGGAUUGCGAGCCUUGUGGAACAAACAUAAUCCCCUACCCACUGAGCACCAGACCAAAUUGUGGCGAACCCAUGUAUUUUAGUUUCUACUGCAACGAUUCCACCGGCCAAGUUAGCUUCAUGCCGGCAUACAGUACCCCUGGCUAUCGAAUUGAAAGCAUCGAUCCAAGUACACGAACUUUUGUCAUCCAAGUCAAAUAUGCAGGAAAUCGUACUGUUGCGGGAAAUUCAGAAGGAAAUCUGCGGCUCAUUUCUUCAUUGCUAUUUAACGUGACCCGGUGGCUUUCUUCUGAUGAAGUAGAGAUUCGUUGGAACCCACCGCCGGAGCCGACUUGCAUAUCAUCCUCAGACUGCAUGGCUUGGACAAAUUCAACUUGCAUGGCAACAACAGAUGGAGAGGAGAGGUGCCAUUGCAAUCCAAACUUCCGAUGGGAUGCCCUAAACUUACAUUGUGUUAAAGUAGCUGGUCACAACAGGCGUUAUCCAAUUGUCCUGGGGACUAUUGCAAUUGUAAUUCUCAUCAUCAUGAUCUUGUGUUUUGUGUACUAUCUGAAAAGAAGGCGAGUGGCCAAUAGAAAUGAUAGCAGAAGUAAUCAGGGAAAUCAGACAUUAAACUUGUAUGACACUGAGAGACGUGUCCAAGAUUUGAUAUCUUCAGCUGAGUUCAAAGAAGAGGAUAAGAAAGGGAUUGAUGUACCAUUUUUUGAUUUGGGUAGUAUACUAGCAGCUACAGAUAACUUCUCAGAGGCAAACAAGCUUGGACAAGGUGGUUUUGGGCCUGUUUACAAGGGUAAGUUUACAGGUGGACAACUGAUUGCUAUAAAGAGGCUGUCACGUGGUUCGGGGCAAGGCUUAGAAGAAUUUAAAAAUGAGGUUGUGUUGAUUGCAAAACUUCAACAUAGAAAUCUAGUUAGACUUCUUGGAUAUUGCAUUGUUGGAGACGAAAAGAUGUUACUCUAUGAAUACAUGCCCAACAAAAGCUUAGACUCCUUUUUAUUUGAUCGAACGCUAUGUGUGUUAUUGAGCUGGGAGAUACGCUUCAACAUCAUUCUGGGAAUUGCUCGAGGACUGCUUUAUCUUCACCAAGAUUCUAGGUUGAGGAUUAUUCAUAGAGAUUUGAAAACAAGCAACGUUCUCCUAGAUGAGGAGAUGAACCCCAAGAUUUCUGACUUCGGCUUGGCAAGAAUAUUUGGAGGCAAACAAACUGAGGGAAGCACAACCAGAGUAGUUGGAACUUACGGCUACAUGUCUCCAGAAUAUGCGUUGGACGGAUAUUUCUCAGUCAAGUCUGAUGUCUUUAGCUUUGGUGUGGUUGUACUAGAGAUCAUCAGCGGGAAAAGAAACACAGGAUUUUACCAGUCAGAACAAACUUUAAGUCUUCUUGGAUAUGCAUGGAAGUCGUGGAAAGAAAACAGGGCAUUAGAUUUAAUGGACCAAGCAUUACGUGAAACAUGCAACCCAAAUGAGUUUUUGAGGUGUGUUGUUGUUGGACUCUUAUGCGUGCAAGAAGACCCAGCUGACCGUCCAUCCAUGUCAAAUGCAGUUUUCAUGCUUGGUAGUGAAAAUGCAACUCUUCCAACUCCUAAACAACCAGCCUUUGUUGUAAGGAGAUCCCUUUCUGGCACAGCUUCUUCUUCUAGUAAACCAGAGAUAUUUAAUGAGUUAACGGUUACCCUAGAAGAAGGACGUUGAUACUCAAGACUCUUUGUUUAAUUUCUCUUUCCAAGUUUCUAGCACUUCAUGUCGUGGUACUCAUGGAGAAAAGGAGGGGCUUAUUUUCGUCUCUCCCAGCGUAUUGUUUUUCCCCUGUAACAAUUAAUGUUGAC